CGGAAAAUGAAGCGCAAGACCAGCAUCAAAUUAGAGCCCUUAACCAGUCUUCCUCGCUUCGUUCUUGACUUUAUGUCACCGCUAAUCGCGCCACUCUCUCUCUCUCUCUCUCUCUCUCUCUCUCUCUUCACAUUUUUACUUACCACUUCUCUCACUCCCUUCCAGUGAUAUCUCUUCCUCCUCCCCCAUGUCCCAACACCAACCAUACACCCCAUCAAACCAUGUCUCCUUUCUUCCUCUUCAUCAUCUCUCUCCUCUUCUCCUCCCCCUCCCUCACUCUCUCCUACCCCUUCAACACGGACUACUACAUUGACUGCGGCGGACAAACCAACUUCACCAACCAAUUCCUCACCCGCUGGCUCUCCGACCGCUUCUACACCGGCGGUUCGACCGGCCUCGUCUCCGAGCCCCUCCGGUUCGCCAACCUCGAGGAGAAAACCCUCCGGUUCUUCCCCAUCUCCUCCGGGAAAAAAAACUGCUACAUCGUCCCCGUCCCCAACGGCCGCUACUACGUCCGCACCUUCACCGUCUACGACAACUACGACGGCCGGUCCCACACCCCGAGCUUCGACGUCUCCGUCGAGGGAACCCUAGUUUUCAGCUGGCGGUCGCCGUGGCCGGACGGAUUAGGUCAGUCGGGCGCUUACUCGGAUCUGUUUGCAUUUGUGACUGAUGGAGAGGCGGACGUGUGUUUUUAUAGCAUUGCCACUGAUUCCCCGGUGAUUGCGUCGCUCGAGUUGGUCCAGGUCGAUCCGGCGUCGUACGAUUCGGCUUCGACCGGUAAUUCCAUUCUGGUAAAUUAUGGCCGAUUGAGUUCCGGCUCUGAACAGUGGGGCCCGGGGUUUAGCAACGACACCGACCUCUUCGGCCGAUCGUGGCAAUCCGGCGCGGAAUUUCGGUCCCCAAACUCGGAUGGAAUCAAGGCCGUGUCUGCCUUGAAGGAUGUGGCGAAUACUGAUCAGAGUCCCAACUACUUCCCGGCGAAAUUGUACCAGACUGCGCUGACCUUGACUGGGAAAGGAUUCUUGGAGUACCUGUUGCCGGUGGAUGCAAGGCUGGACUACAUGGUGUGGUUUCAUUUUGCGGAGAUCGACGUGAGUGUGAAUCAACCAGGGCAGAGAGUAUUUGAUGUGUGGAUAAAUGAACAGAAUGUGAGUAGGGAAGAUAUAUAUAAGCAAGUUGGGAGCUUUGCCGCGUAUAGUUGGUAUUAUAUCGUGCGUAACUUGAACACUACUACUUUGAGCGUGAAGCUGGUCCCUGUUGUUGGUGCACCUAUUAUUUGUGGGGUCGAAAAUUAUGCGAUUGUAACAACUGAUCUCUCCACUGAUCCAGAUGAAGUGAUUGCUAUGAGAUCAUUGAAAGAGUCCCUUCGUAUUCCAGAUAGAAUGGGUUGGAACGGAGAUCCUUGUGCUCCUUCAACUUGGGAUGCUUGGGAAGGUGUUACUUGCCAUCCAAAUAACUACGAAACUGCCCUUGUGAUCUCACAAAUAGAUCUUGGGAGUCAAGGUUUGAAAGGGUAUAUUAGUGAUCAGAUUAGUCUUUUGACAAACUUGGUAAGCUUGAACUUAAGCUCGAAUUCAUUGGGAGGUUCUCUACCCGCAGGCCUCGGUCAGAAUUCUCUUAUAAAGCUGGAUUUAUCAAGCAAUCAUUUUACUGGGUCCAUACCAGAUACUCUUGCUACUUCACAUUUGCAGCUUGUGUUAUUGAAUGACAACUCCCUAGAAGGUCGAGUGCCAGAAGAACUUUAUUCAAUUGGUGUCCAUGGUGGAGCUAUUGAUCUCUCGGGUAAUAAAGGCUUGUGCGGUGUGCCUUCUUUGCCAGAAUGUCCUCUAUUAUCUACUGGUGGCAAAAUUGCAGUAGGCAUAUCAUCUCUGGUUCUGUUUUGCAUUCUUUUAUUAGCUGUAUACAUAUGCUGCAUCAGGAGGGGGCGUUAUGAUUAUGACUUUGGUAUACCUCCAGAAUUGAUGGCACUUUCCGCAAAGAGGAAUAGAUACCAUAGGCAGAAAACAUUGAUGACCCUUGAAAUGGAAAGUCAACACGCCAAGGGCUUCAUACCAAACUUGAGCUCGAGCUAAAGGAGUCCUCUUGAGAAGUAGAAUACAAAUUUUGAUCAACUUUCACACCCAAGAGGUGCGUCAGAAAGGGACCUUGAUUUACUUGAUACACAUUGCACAGUAUAUGAAGCGAGGAAUGCCACCACCACCACUGCUUCAAACGGUGUUACGGGUCUGACUUUUUGGGGGCUUUUGGCUAUUUUUCCCAACCAGUUGUGUGAAAUGGAGUCUUGAAAAACCACACUGUUUUAGAUUGCAUUUUAUCUAAUUCAUGAAUCGUACCGACUAAGAAAGCAGAUGUGCCUAGAAAAUGUAUUAUACCAUACCUGAUUUUUCUGGAAUUUGACGAAUAUAACAUGGGAAUUCAGAUCUUA